GAGAUCAGCUGUGAUUAUCUGGCAGCAGCACUGAAGUCCAACCCCUCCCAUCUGAGAGAGCUGGACCUGAGCGUCAACAACAACCUGCAGGAUUCAGGAGUGAACCAUCUGUGUGGUUUCCUGGAGAGUCCAGGAUGUGGACUUGAAACUCUGAGAUUGAGGGACUGUGGUUUGUCAGAGAUCAGCUGUGAUUAUCUGGCAGCAGCACUGAAGUCCAACCCCUCCCAUCUGAGAGAGCUGGAGCUGAGUAACAACACCAAGCUGCAGGAUUCAGGAGUGAAGCAUCUGUGUGGUUUCCUGGAGAGUCCAGGAUGUGGACUUGAAACUCUGAGAUUAGACGACUGUGGUUUGUCAGAGAUCAGCUGUGAUUAUCUGGCAGCAGCACUGAAGUCCAACCCCUCCCAUCUGAGACAGCUGGACCUGAGUAACAACUACAAGCUGCGGGAUUCAGGAGUGAAGCAUCUGUGUGGUUUCCUGGAGAUUCCAGGAUGUGGACUUGAAACUCUGGGAUUGUGGGGCUGUAUUUUGUCAGAGAUCAGCUGUGAUUAUCUGGCAGCAGCACUGAAGUCCAACCCCUCCCAUCUGAGAGAGCUGGAGCUGAGUAACAACUACAACCUGCUGGAUUCAGGAGUGAAGCAUCUGUGUGGUUUCCUGGAGAGUCCAGGAUGUGGACUUGAAACUCUGAGAUUGUGGGACUGUGGUUUGUCAAAGAUCAGCUGUGAUUAUCUGGCAGCAGCACUGAAGUCCAACCCCUCCCAUCUGAGACAGCUGGAGCUGAGUAACAACAACAAGCUGCAGGAUUCAGGAGUGAAGCAGCUGUCUGAUCUUCAACAGAGUCCAGACUACAGACUGGAGACUCUGAGGUGGAGGUGAUGAUGGUAAACAGGACGGUGUGUGUGCUGAGAGAGGAG